AUGGGGCAAAAGCCAUGGCAUUACCUGCAUGUUGUCAGUGAGAACAGUUUAGUCCCACUCCAUCAGACAACCGGCAGCAUGCUUCUUGGAGUAGCAGGGCAAACAUCUACUCUCACUGAGGUGGGGCUCGAGGAGAUGAACAGCACCAGGCAGGAGGAUUCGCCGCUGGCAGAGUCAGUACGGCCGAAGACACCACCUGUUGUAAUCAAAUCUCAGCUUAAAAUUCAAGAGGAUGAGGAAGAAAUUCCUACUAGUCCAGGUGUUUCUGAGUUUGUCAGUGAUGCCUUUGAUGCCUGUAACCUUAAUCAAGAAGAUCUAAGAAAAGAAAUGGAACAACUAGUGCUUGACAAAAAGCAAGAGAAGACCACUGUUCUGGAAGAGGAUCCUGCAGACUGGGAAAAAGAACUACUACAACAGGAACUUCGAGAAUAUGAAGUGGUGGCAGAAUCAGAAAAACCGGAUGAAAACUGGGAUAAGGAAAUAGAGAAGAUGCUGCAAGAGGAAAAUCAGCUGUUGCCCGAAGUACGGGAAUAA